ACUUAUAUUGCAGAAACACCAAUAUAAAGGUGUAAAUAAUGGAGCCGGGAAUAAUAAGAAAACUAGAUGAAGAUGUUGUGAAUCGUAUAGCAGCUGGGGAAAUAGUCCAGAGACCUGCAAAUGCAUUGAAAGAGCUGAUUGAGAAUAGCUUAGAUGCACAUGCAACAAACAUAAUAAUUACAGUCAAAGCAGGAGGAUUAAAGUAUUUACAGAUACAAGACAAUGGAACGGGCAUCAGAUGUGACAACUUGGAUAUAGUCUGCGAGAGAUUUACUACGUCUAAACUUAAAGAGUUUGAAGAUUUACAAGCUAUAAACACUUACGGGUUCCGAGGGGAAGCAUUGGCCAGUAUAAGUCAUAUAGCUCAUCUGUCCAUAAUGACCAAAACUGCUGCAGACAAAUGUGCUUAUAAGGUAUCCUACGAAAACGGCAAGGUGAAAGGUCAAAUCAAAGCCUGCGCCGGCAACACGGGCACACAGAUCACAGUCGAGGACAUAUUCUACAACGUCGUAGCGAGGAAGAAAGCCCUGCGCAGUCCCAACGAGGAAUACACACAUAUCAUGGACGUGGUUGGAGGAUACGCCAUACACAACAGUAAAGUCGCAUUCACACUAAAGAAGUUUGGUGAAAACACGGAUAUUAGGACGCCACUCAACUCAAGUACUGUCGAAAAUGUGCGGAUUGUACAUGGCAACCAAAUUGCUCGAGAGUUGCUCGAAAUAGAGAUUAAAGAACCAACACUGAAAUUUGAACUCCAUGGAUACAUCACCAAUGUCAAUUACUCGCAUAAGAAGGGCAUGAUGCUACUGUUUAUUAACCAUAGAAUGGUUGUCUCCACAUCCAUACGCAAAGCCGUGGAUUCUGUCUACUCAACGUAUUUGCCGAAAAAUUCUCACUCUAUUGUGUAUCUCAGUAUUGAAUUAGAUCCCAAAAACGUUGAUGUGAACGUGCACCCAACUAAACAUGAAGUACAGUUUCUGUACGAGGAGCAGAUCAUAGACAAGAUCAAGAGCUGCGUGGAGAGCAAGCUGUUGAGCUGCAACUCAUCCAGGGUCAUGUAUACUCAGGCCAGGCUACCCGGUGCCUCUGCAGUUGAAGAAAUUAUCAAGAAAACAACGGACGGUGCGAAAGUAUACGCCAAAGAUCUAGUCAGAGUCAACGCUGAUACUCAGAAGAUCGAUAAAUUCUUCAGAGCGCAAACGAAUCGAGAAAAUACAGAAACUUCAAUAAACGAUGCAAAAAUUGCUGUAGGAGUUGGAAAACUAAAUGAUAAUGAUAGUUUAGAAACGUUAGAUGCAAGAAAAACUAAUUCUAAUGUAAAUGAUAUAAAUAAAGAUUCUGAAGGCAAGAACGAAGUAAACAAAGAAUAUAAUAGAAAUAUAGAUUGUAAUAACGAUAAAACAGGCAAUCAACCAAUAAGUUUUACGAAUGGAGAAGGACAUUCACAAAAUGGCAAAAUAAAUAAAGUACCAAACAUAGAAAUAUCUAAUAAUAUGGAACAAGUAGAUAUAGAAGAAAAUGUAGUCCAAAGAAUACCAAAAUGGAGCAACGCAGUGGGAAAUUCCAGUACAUACAUAGAUCCAAAGCAGUCCUUUAAAACAAGAACCUUCGAAUAUGAAAGGAUAGAAACUAAACUGACAAGCGUGAAACAGUUGAGAAUGGAGAUAGAGAGUCAAUGCAACAUGAAUCUAAGAGAGAUCCUCGCGAAUCUCAUAUUCAUAGCUUGUAUAGACAGCUACAGAUCUCUAGUGCAACAUUCUACCAAAUUAUAUUUGUGUGAUACUAGAAGAUUGACCGAGGAACUGUUCUACGAGACGAUACUGUAUGACUUCCAAAACCUCGGGUUCAUCAAACUGUCUAAUGCUCUGCCGUUGGAGGAGCUGUUCGUGUUGGGGCUCAGCGCGGACGACGCCUGGGAUUCCGAAUUAGGCGAUCGUCGCGAGUUAGGGGUCCAGAUGGUCGGUAUGCUCGUGUCGAAGCGGGACAUGCUGCUAGAGUACUUCUCGCUGGAGAUGAAUGCGAAGGAACUUCUGGCUUUGCCCUUGCUACUGGAUGGUCAUACGCCAUACAUGGGAGCGCUACCAACCUACCUCGUCCGUCUAGUCACCGAAGUCAACUGGGAGUCGGAGAAGGAAUGCUUCGACACGUUCAGUCGACAGACGGCUAUAUUUUACUCACAGGUAAACCCUGACUCGUCUACAAGCUCUUCGGAACAAUGGACUCAGGAGCAUAUAAUAUUUCCGGCGAUUAGAAAGAAUUUCCUACCGACGACACAGUUUACAACCAAUGGAACGAUACUACAAGUAGCAAGCCUGGGUGAUUUGUAUAAAGUGUUUGAACGGUGCUAAGUUUUGUUAUAUUUUUGUUAAGUAGAAAAUAAAUGUUUUUUAAUU